CCCGCUCCGGCCUGAGCCGCCCCCGCUCCUGCUCCAGUCUCUGGAAAGUUUGAAGCUGUCCCAUCUCCUCUUGGUUUACUGACGAUGAGAGGGGAAACACCAGCCGGGACAUGGGAUGCCUCAGAGAUAGACAAGCCUAAUGACGCAACAGGUUGACUCAAUACAGCUUGAAAUAGUGAGGAACAGGAUAAUACUUGCAGGGUUUCCCACGUCUCCUAUGACCAAAAGCAGACUGAGGACUCGGAAACUGACAGAUAUAACGUGACAGGCGCGCAGACUUUCGUCCGAGUUGUGGAUUUAAAGCUCCUCCGGAAGCCAAGGACCCAACAAAACUUUUCAUGAUGGCAUACAUUUUACUUGUUUUUCUGCCUUGUGUUUUCACUGCACGGACGCGCAUGUUUGUCCCUGGGUAUAAAACUGUCACCUCCACAGAGCCACAGGGAGAAAUCCUGAAAGUUCUUACUACAAUGGGCAAAGAAUGUAAAUUCCCAUUUCGUCAGGGUGGAAGGAUUCAUCAUCACUGCAUCACAGUCCUAUCCUCAAGACCAUGGUGCUCCCUCACGCAUAAUUUUGAUCGUGACCGGCAGUUUGGCUUCUGUGCGCCGCAAAUAACUCAGCCAGACGUUGUUGUCCACACGUCACGCAGAGUCACAAACCCGUGUCAGAUGAGUCCGUGUCAGAAUGGAGGCGUCUGCACGUUGACCCCUCCCGGUCACUCGUUUGAGUGCUCCUGUCCUGAGAGCUUCAGCGGGAGACUCUGUGAGCAGAAGAAGUGCUUUGAAACAGUACACCUGCGCUAUUAUGACACCGGAGAGUCUUGGGGAAGGAUUCACCUCCGUAAUGUGGAACAGUGCACAUGUGUGGCAGGGGAAAUGGCGUGUGAAAGAGUGCGCUACACACAGUGUCGUUCCAACCCUUGUCAGAAUGACGGAACAUGCCGGAUGAUCACAUCCACGGGCAAAGAAGUGUGUAACUGCAGACGUGCGUACAGCGGGCCGUACUGCAGCUUCGAGCCGGAGACAGAAUGCUACAACAGCAGGGGGAGAGAUUACCGAGGGGUGGUGGGUACCACAGAGUCCGGCGCCCACUGUCUGCCCUGGAACUCAGACCUGCUGUAUGACGAGCUCCAUGUUGGCACCAUAAGCUCGUCACCCCUAAAGGGCCUCGGGGAACAUGCCUACUGCAGAAACCCAGAUGGGGACAAGAAGCCGUGGUGCUACACCCUAAAUGACGGCGCCAUCUCCUGGGAGUACUGUGACGUCCCCUCCUGUGUCAUGUCUGUUUGGUGGGAUCAUCCAGCUGCAAAAUUGAAAAUAUUUAGAAGAGCUUCUUCUAGAAGGGCAAUCCUGCCCGGCGUUAGAAAACGAAACCCCCCUAAAGCAGACAAAAAGCCUGUGUGUGGAAAAAAGCACAAGAAGAGGUUAUCCAUAGCCAGGGGGAGGAUAAUGGGAGGAAACUCGGCCCUGCCAGGGACUCACCCCUGGAUGGCCGCCAUUUACAUCGGGCAGUCGGACUUCUGCGGAGGCACCCUGGUGUCUUCCUGCUGGGUCAUCUCUGCGGCUCACUGCUUCUUGGGCAACCCCCUCAAGUCGCAGAUUCGCGUGGUUCUCGGCCAGCAGCAUUUCAAUGGGACCGGCAUGUACACCAGGACGUUCGGAGUGGAGGAGUACAUCUUUCCAAAACAGUUCUCCGUGUUUAAUCCAACACUCCAUGACAUUGUUCUGAUCAAACUGAAAAAGCAGGACGGGCGGUGUGUGAGGAGGACCCCGUUCAUCAGACCCAUCUGUCUCCCAGACAAGAGCAUGACGUUCCCUGAUGACUACUGCUGCACUAUAAGCGGCUGGGGACACAUGUAUGAGAAGGUGGAGGGUUACUCCAGUCUGCAGGAGGCGGGAGUCAGGCUGAUCUCUCAUGACUCUUGUAGGACGCCAGGUGUUUACGACAACCACGUCACUGCUGAUAUGAUAUGUGCCGGGCUAAACAACUGUGCAGACGCAUGCCAGGGCGACUCAGGGGGCCCUCUGGCUUGUGCGAGGAAUGAUGUCAGCUUCCUGUAUGGGAUCAUCAGCUGGGGGGAGGGCUGCGGCCGCUCUGGAAAACCCGGUGUUUACACCAAAGUAGUGAACUAUAUCGACUGGAUCAAUUCAGUGAUCAGACGCAAACCAAAGGCCUCAUGAUUAGACAUUACCUGGACAUUAGCUUUAAUAUAUUAGAUUUUGUAUAUUAUUGUACUGUAUUCUGUUUUUGUUGUAUCUUUUUCUACUGUGAAACAUGUUCUGACUGAAUAAACCUUCACUGACUUGA